AAUACCACCCCUUAGGACUUGUAAAGCAUUCAUCUUUUGGUAGUGGAAAACCCUCCAAAAGUUAGGAAACAACAAGGAAAUUUGUCAAGCAUUUUUGGCGCCGUUGCCGGGGAAGGCAAGUGUCAAACCAAGAAGGUGAUUUUCGGACGACGGAGGUAAGUCCCAUGAUCUUCAUCAUGGGCUGAGGUACGUUGUUCCGUGUACAUAAUCUUGUUUGUGUAUAACUUUGUUUGUAUAUAUUUUGUUUUAUGUGGAGGCGGAACGACCGAAACCGACUUGUUAGACAAAACUUGGCCCCUACCAUGAAUAUUGACCAAGAACAACCCGAGGAUGCGGGUGACAAUUUUGACAAUAUAGUUGCAAAUCCAAAUGUCCAAAGGGGUGGGGGACCACAAGAACCCCAAAUACCCAAUCCGAGAAUGAAUUUUCCCCCUCCCGUGAAUGAGGGGAAUAAUUUUCAAAUGAAUCCCCCGGUGAGGUCAAUGAGGGAUUUCCUACAACCAACACGAAGCACCACACCAUCAUGCAUCCUCCUUCCGGUCCAAGCUCAUCUUUUCAUAGUUAAGCCAGGGAUGUUGCAACUAAUUCCCACGUUCAACGGAUUUGAAACUCAGAGCCCCUAUUCACACAUAAGGGAUUUUGAGGAAAUGGUUGCAACUUUCCUCCCCAAUCAUGGGAUGGAAGAGAUAGCUAGAAUGAAAUUGUUUCCCUUUUCCCUGAAAGACAAGGCAAAAACGUGGCUUAUUUCCUUAAGGCCUCGAACCAUCACAUCGUGGAGCCAAAUGAUUUCUGAGUUUUUGAACAAAUUCUUUCCGGUGCAUAAAACCACUACCCUAAAAAAGCAAAUUCAAAACUUUUCGAAAAGCCCAAUGAGCAAUUCUAUCAAUGUUGGGAGAGGUACAAGGAAUUGCUACAAUCCCUUCCACAUCAUGGCUUUGAACCAUGGCAAUUGGUGAGUUUCUUUUAUGAAGGAAUCACACCGGGCCAUCGACAGUUCAUUGACAUGAUGUGUAAUGGGGAGUUUUUGAACAAAGACCCUGAUGAGGCCUUAGAUUACUUUGAUACAUUGGCACAAAAUGCACAAUCAUGGGACAUUACAGAUCCCACCGAUGUACCAAGGUCUUCUCCUCAAAAGACUGGCCAAACUCAAGGGGGAGGGAUUUAUGAUUUGAGAGACCGGGAAGACUUGUUUUCAAAAAUUGCUAAAUUGUCAAGGAAAGUUGAGAGUCUUGAAGUCAAUAAGAGACACGAGGUGUCUAAUGUGUCACGAACCGAGGAGGGUUGUUCAAUUUGCGAAUGUAUGGAGCAUUCCCUAUCGGAUUGCCCAAACAUUCCGACCCUUAAAGAAGCGUACCAUGAACAAGUCCAUGCAUUCAACCAAACGAGGCAAUCAUUUUCUCCCAAUUCAAAUACUUACAAUCCGGGUUGGAGUAAUCACCCAAAUUUUAGUUGGAGAAAUGAAAACCCCAUUCCUCAUGGUUCAAGUGCAUAUGCAUCUCCCAUGCCUCCCAAGCAAAACCAAUACCAUGGCCAAGGGCAAGCAUCUAGCUCUCAAUACCCCCGGACCAAUCCACAAGGGUAUUUGUCAAACCCACCACCACAGAAUUUUUCACCAAAUCCACCUCCACAAAGUUUUUCUCAAGGACCGUCCAAUCCAUCCACAUACCAACCUCCUCACAAAAGGAAUUUGGAGGAUAUGGUCCAUUCCUUCAUUCAAAGCCAAACCGCCAUCAAUAACCAAAAUGCCACAGCCAUCAAUGAUGUAAGAGCCCAACUCACAAAGUUGACAAACUCCAUAGGGGCAUCUCAACAAGAAAAGGGGAAGUUCCCCGCUCAACCACAAGAGAACCCUAGGGGUCAACACCUUGUUGAGUCAUCGGAACCUUCGAAAGAGAGUUGCGAGCAACUCAAAGCUGUCACCACCCUCCGCAGUGGCAAAGAAAUUGACAAAACCAUUUUGCCAACGGUCUCACCCAAGACCACAUUGCCAAAAGAAAAAGAUCUCUUGGGUGACGCCGACAAGAGUGAGGUGCGUGAAGAGAAAGAAAGAGAGGUUGUUGAGAAAGGAAAAUUAAUUGAUGAUUGUGUGUUUAUUCCUCCCUUGCCUGCCCCUUUCCCAAGUCGUUUGAAGCCACCUGUCAAGGUGGCUAAUUAUGCUGAUAUUUUGGAAAUGUUUAAGCAGGUGAAGAUUAACAUUCCACUCCUCGACGCCAUCAAGCAAAUUCCAUCAUGUGCUAAGAUUUUGAAGGACUUAUGCACGGUGAAGAGAAAACUGAAUGUCCACAAGAAAGCAUUCCUCACCGAGCAAGUGAGCUCAAUUUUGAGGACUAACACUCCUCCCAAAUUCAAAGACCCCGGUUGUCCAACCAUAGCCAUCACCAUUGGAAAUUAUCGAGUGGAGCAAGCACUCCUCGAUUUGGGGGCAAGUGUGAAUCUUCUUCCCUACUCGGUGUACCAACAGCUGCAGCUGGAGGAGUUGAAGCCCACCUCAAUCACACUUCAAUUGGCGGAUCGUAGUAUCCGUACACCAAGGGGAGUAGUUGAGGAUGUCUUAGUUCAAAUUGAUAAAUUUUACUUCCCUGUCGAUUUCAUUGUGCUUGAUACACAUCCUGUUGCAAACCUUAGCUCCCAAAUUCCCGUAAUACUUGGAAGACCCUUCCUUGCUACAUCUAAUGCCGUGAUAAAUUGCAGGAACGGUCUAAUGAAGUUGGCAUUUGGGAAUAUGACAAUGGAGCACAAUGUAUUCAACUUGGCAAAGCAACCGGGUGAUGAUGAGGAAGUAAGUGAGGUCAAUAGAAUCGACACUUUGGUUGAGGAGCACUUGGAGCUGGAGGGGAUAUUGAAAUUUAAGGAAGAAGGAAUUGUGGAUCUUGAGAAUUAUGAUGAGCAAGAGGAGGUAGAAGAUUUGAAAGGGAUGGAAAGGUGGAUCCCUACAUUCGAAGAGUUACCCCAUCGAGAAAAGAAAAUUUUUCCGUCGGAUGAACAAAAGCCCAACUUGGAGUUGAAGCCCUUGCCCACCCAUUUGAAGUACGCCUAUCUUGGGGAAGGUGAAACAUUUCCGGUGGUCAUUAGCUCUACAUUAAACAUGGAACAAGAAAAAGAACUCUUGGAGGUGUUGAGAAAACAUAAAGGAGCAAUUGGGUGGACCAUUGCGGAUAUCAAGGGGAUAAGCCCUCUCAUUUGCACCCACCGCAUAUAUCUUGAGGAGGAUUCCAAACCUUCCCGACAACCACAAAGGCGGUUGAAUCCCAUCAUGAAGGAGGUGGUAAGGGAUGAGGUUCUGAAACUACUUGAUGUGGGGAUCAUUUUUCCAAUUGCCGAUAGUAAGUGGGUUAGCCCCACGCAAGUAGUACCUAAGAAAUCCGGAGUUACGGUGGUUGAGAAUGAUGAGAAUGAGCUUAUUCCUACAAGAGUAAUCACCGGAUGGAGGGUGUGCAUUGAUUACCGAAAGUUGAACGCUUGCACAAGGAAAGACCACUUCCCAUUGCCAUUCCUCGAUCAAGUUCUAGAACGAGUAGCGGGGCAUCUAUUCUACUAUUUUUUAGAUGGAUACUCCGGCUACAAUCAGAUUGAGAUUGCUUUGGAGGAUCAAGAGAAGACCACUUUCACAUGCCCCUAUGGUACCUUUGCCUACCGCCGCAUGCCAUUUGGACUGUGCAAUGCUCCGGGGACUUUCCAACGCUGUAUGAUGGGAAUUUUCAGUGACAUGGUGGAAAAGAUAGUGGAGGUCUUUAUGGAUGACUUUUCGGUGUUUGGGGAUUCAUUCGAGGGAUGUUUGGCAAACUUGGAGAAAGUUCUAACAAGAUGUGAGGAGAAGAAUCUAGUCUUGAAUUGGGAAAAGUGUCACUUUAUGGUGACAGAAGGAAUUGUGCUUGGCCAUAUAGUUUCGGCAAGGGGUAUUGAAGUCGAUAAAUCCAAGGUGGAGGCCAUCUCCAACCUCCCUACGCCAAGAGCCAUCAAAGGCAUCCGGUCAUUUUUGGGCCAUGCAGGUUUUUAUCGUCGAUUCAUAAAGAAUUUCAGUGCAUUGGCCCGACCCUUGACCAACCUGCUGUCUAAGGAGGUCCCAUUUGAGUGGUCGGAUGAUUGUGAGGCAUCCUUUAAAAAACUUAAAAGCAUGCUAGUCACACCUCCGAUCAUGCGACCACCCAAUUGGGAUCUACCUUUUGAGCUCAUGUGCGACGCAAGUGAUUACGCGGUCGGCGCAGUGCUCGGUCAAAGGGAGGAAAAUAGACCAUAUGUGAUACACUAUGCUAGCAAAACACUUAAUGAGGCUCAGAUGAAUUACACUACCACCGAAAAAGAAUUGCUAGCAGUAGUGUUUGCCUUAGAUAAAUUUCGUGCUUACAUCAUUGGUUCGCCUAUUGUUGUCUUUACUGAUCACUCUGCUUUAAAGUAUUUGUUGUCUAAGCAAGAUGCAAAACCGAGACUCAUUAGGUGGAUACUCCUCCUACAAGAAUUCGACUUGACGAUCAAGGACAAGAAAGGAGUUGAGAACGUGGUGGCGGAUCAUUUAUCCCGGCUUGUGGUGCAAGAGGCCGAUGAGCACAUUCCUAUCCCUGAUUUUUUUCCUGAUGAGCAUUUGCUGUCAAUUCACUCUGUAUGUCCUUGGUAUGCUGAUAUAUGUAACUAUCUUGCAACAGGACAGACACCACCGCAAUGGAGCCCAGAAGAUCGAAGACGAUUUAUGGCAGAUGUGAAGUACUUCUACUUCGACAACCCGUAUUUGUUCAAGUAUUGCCCCGACCAAAUCAUGAGGAGAUGCGUACCUGAAAAUGAACAGCGGGAUGUCCUUGCAUUUUGCCAUUCACAAGCUUGCGGUGGACAUUUCUCAGCGAAAAAGACUUCGGCCAAAAUUCUUCAAUCAGGUUUUUACUGGCCCUCUCUUAUCAAAGAUUGUGUUUCAUUUUGUAAGGGAUGCGACAAAUGCCAACGGUUGGGUAGUGUGACCCAAAGAAACAUGAUGCCCCUUUCACCAAUACUUGUCAUAGAAAUAUUCGACUGUUGGGGCAUCGACUUCAUGGGUCCUUUCCCUAUGUCAUUUGGUUAUUUGUACAUCCUCCUGGCAGUGGACUAUGUGUCCAAAUGGGUGGAAGCUAUUCCGACCAAGACUAAUGACCAUCGAGUCGUAGUCAAGUUUCUCAAGGAGAAUAUCUUUUCAAGGUUUGGGAUGCCUCAUUCAAUAAUAAGUGAUGGUGGAUCACAUUUCUGUAAUAGGCCAUUUGCAUCUCUAAUGUUCAAAUAUGGCGUCACUCACAAAGUAUCCACUGCGUAUCACCCACAAACAAAUGGUCAAGCCGAGCUAGCCAAUAGGGAGAUAAAGAACAUUCUAGAAAAAAUGGUUAACCCAAACAGGAAGGAUUGGUCCGAUAGAUUGACCGAUGCCCUCUGGGCAUACCGCACUGCCUUUAAAACUAUUUUGGGCAUGUCUCCCUACCGGCUUGUCUAUGGAAAGGCUUGCCACCUGCCAGUCGAAAUGGAACACAAGGCCUAUUGGGCCAUUAAGACUUUAAAUUUUAAUUUGAGAAUGGCCGGUGAUCAUAGGAAGUUAGAGCUGAAUGAGUUGGAAGAGAUUCGACGAGAUGCGUAUGAGAGCUCCAAAAUCUCAAAAGAAAGGGCCAAAAUCUUUCAUGAUAACUCCAUUGUGAGGAAAUCAUUUGAGCCCGGGCAAAAAGUACUCUUAUACAAUUCUCGUCUCUCUAUUUUCCAAGGCAAACUCCGAUCCCGUUGGGAUGGCCCCUAUCUUGUCAAGGUGGCCUACCCCAACGGAGCUGUGGAUGUUCAAAACCCCGAAAAUGGCCAGACAUUCAAGGUCAAUGGCCAAAGACUUAAGCCAUUUUUUGGGGGUUUUGAAGAACAAGUGGUGGAGGAGAAUUUGAUGGAUCCGGUAUACCCGGAAGUUGUGAAGGAAUAAUUAGUUUUUUUUUCUGCUUUUUAAUGUACAGGUUUUUAUUUACUUACUUUAUUUUUUUUAUUCCAUGUUAAUUAUGUUCUUUUGUCGUAUAGUUUUGUUUUUCUUAGUCGCAGAUAUUGGUGUUUUUGUCAAAGCUCAAGUGCGAGGUGUUCUCUAACCCUUCUUAUUUUUUUACUGUCCAUCAUUGAAUAUCAUAUUUGUUUUAGAACACUCUAUGAAUCAAGUUGGGGGGGUUACACUAUUUGCAUAUUACACCAAUGUUUGUGGGAAUAUUCCGCGCGAAUAUUCGCGUCUGCCGACACUAAAAAAAAAAUGGUGGGAAUAUUCUUCACGGAUAUGCGGCUGCCGACACUC